UUAAAGCCGCGCGACAUACCUAUGCAGAUAUAUUCGGUACUCGUAGUUUUAAAUAGCCGCUACAUGGAAUCUACACUCAAUGUGAAUAUUUCUUGCGUGAAGUAUUUAUGAAAACCGAAAUAAUAGAAGCUGAAAUAAAAAAAUAGCCAGCGUGAUAUUCAGUGAAUUAAUUUCGAUAAUGCCUGGAUCAAUAGAUUUGAUAGUAUCUACAGCAUACAUUGGAGUUACAAUUUGGAUAGCAUAUUGGCUAAGGCUUUAUGCAUUAUUCUAUCUUAAUUCUUAUCCCCUCACGAGGAUUCUGGCUCUAGAAUUUAUAGCUGCGGCUGAACUUUGUGGAGCAUGUUUCGAACUUAUUAUAAUUGCGGACAAUUGGGGAGUAUGAAUGUACGCGCUUUAUCUGUUUUUACUAACGAUAUGGUGGUCAAUGAAUUGGGAUGAAGCUUCAGCGUGUCCUUACACACAUAUGGAGGAUGUAAUUGUAGGUAAAAAACCCUUGGGUGUCGCUUUUCUAUCGAUAUGUGCAGAAUUGGCCGGCGGUCUCAUCAUAUUCAAAUAUAUUCAAAUAUUAUGGGCGCUCCAACUUGUUUCUACGCACAAGAAUAGGACGUAUGAAGAUUGCACUACUGAUUUACAGGUGUCUGCUAUAAUUGGAGCAUUUGUGGAAUGCAUUGCAACAUGUAUAUGUAGAGUGGUAUCACGUGUAUUGAGUGAUCUGAAUCCGAGAUUUAGUACGGUCAUUGAUGCUUUCGUGGGAACGGCUUUGGUGGUUGCAGCUUUCAAUUAUACCGGUGGUUACUUCAAUCCCGUUUUGGCGACUUCUUUAAAAUAUGGUUGUCUGGGAAGCACAUCUAUGGAGCAUAUAAUAGUUUAUUGGAUUGGAGCGUGUAUUGGGUCUAUCGCUUCUUUGCGCGUGUACCGUAUGCCGUUUGUUCAAAACUACAUUCAACUACAGGAGAGUAAAGAUUCUGUAUAUUCUUAGAGAUAAAAUUUAUAUAAAAGGAUUUUUAAACAAUUUUAUAGAUGCUUGGUAUUUAUAAUUAUGACUUUUGUUUAAUAACAUAUUUCUUGCUUUCCAAUAAUGUACAAAAAAAAAACUAACUGUGUACAAAAUUACGUGCCAAACGAUAGUAUUAUACAUUCCGAUUGUGAUUAUCGUUAAUAAUUAUAACGCACAAUCUUGGAAGAUGAAACAAAAAAUGUCUUAAGAUUUUGUUGAACUGUACUGUAAAUAUUAAAAAAAAAAUAUAUAUAUAUUAU